AUGUCUCCACCACCAUCUUCCGCAAGCGUUGAUGUCUGGAAAACAUUUGUUUUAUCCCGAUUUGGUUCCCCCGAUGACACAUCUCGUCCAGCAUCCACGAGGACCGCACAACUAGAUCAUGAGCUUGAAAUAAUGCAGGAUCCGCACAUACUUGUUCUAGCAAAACGGAGACGGAACGACAGUCUGCUGUGCUGCACUCUUCCCCACGAAGUCCUCUCUCGCGUGAUGUGGUUUGCGCAAGCGGCUUGGUCGCCCGAACGAAGCUUUCCCAGUGGUGAAGUGUCUCUGGGAUGGAUAGUCGUGACACAUGUGUGUAACUCAUGGCGUGAGGUUGCGCUGUCGUCAUCUUCACUAUGGUGCGACAUACGUUGUUACGCGCUCCCAGUCAGCGCUGUUCCAGCCUUGAUAGAACGUUCCCGCCAAAGAAGACUCAAGCUAUCAUUUUUCAACUAUCCUGACGGCGAUGCGCCGUUGGAGUCCAAGAUGUCCGCCCUGCGACAACUCUGGUUAUCGCAACCAAUUCGCACGUACGCGAGGGAACUCAUCAUCCGCGACACGGUAUCUCGUUGGUCCUCCAGAUCAUGGGCCCAAUAUCUGCGUCAUCAUAUGCCCAAACUCCAGGAAGUGAGAAUCACACUUCAUGCGCGAGGACAGCGCAUCGGCGUCAUCUUGCCAGACGAUUUCCUCGGUCCUGGGUCCCUUCCGACGGCUCUCGACACUGUCGUCCUCGCGAACUGCUACCUACCUUGGACUUCACACCUUUUCGGUGCGGGCAUCAAGGUUCUGGAUCUCACCAUGAAGCUUCCCGAAGAAACCGCGCCGCCACCCUCAGCAACACAAUUUCACGAUGCACUUUCUCGGUUAACGAACUUGGAGACCUUGUCGCUACAUAAUGUCUUUCCAACCUUUUCGGACUCCAGGCAUCCCAUAAUUGAACUUCCUGCGAGCCUCGGAGUUAUCUCGUUGGUCGCUUCCGUCCCAUACCUAGCAUCUCGUGCUGUCAAGACGCUGCAGUGUAUGGCGCUGCCGAUUGAUACGCGUUGCGAACUUGACUUGUUCCACGAGUCGGACACUUCACUCAUCUCGGACGCGCUCUCUCAUCUCUUCCUACUUCCUCCGCUACCGCCCAGCGAACUUCUUCUGAGCUCGGUGAAGAUCGUGACACUACUCUCCGAAGAGUGGAUCUCUGGAAGCCCCGAAUACGGACCGCAUGGGAUCGAUAGACCAAUGCAAUACAGGUCGGAGAAGCGACUUUCGGUUCAGAAUCGACAUGAAGAAACACCCGGGAUGGAGCUUCUCUCGCUUUUACAUCUUAUACGGAUGCAUACGCUGACGCGGUUGGCUAUUACCAGCGAUGCCAUACAGCUCUUCUCCGAUGUCGAGGUCUGGAAGACGACGUUCGCUGCUGCAAGCGAAGUUUCGUGCCUCGCACUGUCACAUACCCCUGAACUCUUUCAUCUCCUCUGCGCCCUUACCGAGACGGUGACGGACGCGGGAAGCGAGACUUUUGCCUUGUUCCCUCGCCUGAAGGUCAUCACCUUCAAUCGUGAUGUUGCCUUAGACAGCCGUAGCAAGCCAAGAGACGCCAGCGACGUCGAGGCCGCACAGUUGCGCCUAGCCUUACUCAAUCUUUUACUCGCACGUCAGCGCACAGGGGUAUCUCUCGACGAAGUAAGGGCGGAGGCCGGUAUCCUUGGACAGGAGGAGAAGCAACGCAUCGCAGAGAUUGUAUCGGUCCGUAUAUUUGAAGAGCUUUAG